AUGGGAAAAGGGGAAGAACACUCAUCUUCCCAAACACCAUCUAGCUCAAAUUCCCAAACCGCUGAUAUACCAUCAAGUAACCGGUACUUUGUAGAUUACACUAGUCCCGGUUACUACGGACCACUUCCUGCUUGGCCAAUGCCUUUAUCUCCAUAUCCUGAUGGCGGCCAAUAUCCAAGAAACUAUGAAGUGAAUGUCGGUGACCCGAACCCUCUCAUGGCUACAAGCCCCGCUAUGAGUGGGAGAGUUGAUAUAGAGGAACCACCUGAGUGUAGAGAAACUGAUAUUCCAUGUACAUCUGAAAGAGUUGAAGAAAGUAAAGAGGAUAGACUCAAUUCAGAAGAAACUGAGGUUGGGAUUGGCGGGACACCACAGUUAGAGGAUGAAGUUGGUGGUGAUCUCAUUGAGGAGCCAAAGUCGGGAAUGGAGUUUAAUACGUUUGAAGAAUUAAUGGCUUAUUAUAAGCAUUAUGGUAAAAAAAGCGGGUUUGGGGUAUUGAUAAGAAGGACUGAUAAAGGGGAUGAUGGCACUGUCCGAUAUGCCACCCUUGGUUGUGCCCGUGGUGGGAAGGCCCGGAAUAGGACAUUGAAUGUCGCUAGACCACGUCCAACAGGAAAGACAGAAUGUAAGGCAAAGGUUAAUGCCUUAAAAGUUGAUGGGAAGUUCCGGUUGACAACAGUGAAUAAUCUCCAUAACCAUGGCCUUAGCCCAAAUAAAUCUCGCUUCUUCCGAUGUAAUAGAGAAGUGAGUGACUCUGUAAAAAGAGUCCUAGAUAUAAAUGAUAUGGCUGGGAUCCGAAUGAAUAAGAGCUUCGGAUCUCUCGUCGUUGGCGCUGGUGGAUUCGAGAACCUCCCAUUUCUAGAAAAGGACUGUCGUAAUUAUAUCGAUAAGUACAAAAAUCCCGGUUUCUUUGCCCUGAUGGAUUUGGAUGAUGAGGGGAGGUUGAGGAAUGUCUUCUGGGCUGACCCCCGUAGUAGGGCAGCCUACCAAUACUUCGGUGAUGUGGUGACAUUCGACACUACAUAUCUGACGAAUAGAUAUGGGGUGCCCUUUGCACCAUUUGUUGGUGUAAACCACCAUGGGCAGUCAAUUCUGUUGGGAGCAGGAUUGAUUUCCAGUGAGGAUACAGAGACCUUCGUCUGGUUAUUCCAGACGUGGUUGAAGUGUAUGGAUGGUAUCGCUCCUAAAGCUAUUAUCACCGAUCAGGACAGAGCGAUGAAAAAUGCAAUUGCUAUUGUCUUUCCUGAAAGCCGACAUCGACUUUGUUUGUGGCAUAUACUUAAAAAAGUUCCCGAGAAGUUGUCCUCCUAUGCUUCCUACAAAAGUGGGAUGAAGAAUGCGUUGAUGAAAUCUGUGUAUGACACGCAAACUGUUGCAGAGUUUGAGAAAUCUUGGGAUCAGUUAAUCACCACUUACAAUUUGCAUGAGAAUGUCUGGCUGAAAAGUUUAUACACUGAGCGUGAGUCUUGGGUACCUGCAUUCUUGAAGGACUGUUUCUGGGCUGGGAUGAGUACAACGCAGCGCAGUGAAAGCAUGAACGCGUUUUUCGAUGGUUAUGUGCAUGCGAAGACAAACUUGAAAGAGGAAGUUCAGAUGCAACUAACCGGCAUUAUUGAUUUAGAUCCAGAGUUAGUUAAGAGGGAUGGUGCAGUAAAGACCUAUCAAUUAGAGGACGAAGUUCGUGUGGAAGAGUUCACUAAAUUGGUUACCUUUUUUGUGGACUUCAGUGAGGAAGGUGCAGAUGCUAAGUGUUCAUGUGGUUUAUUUCAGAUGAAGGGUAUACUGUGUAGGCACAUUUUCGCUGUAUUUAAAUGUAACGGGAUAAAAUUCCUGCCAGAGAAGUACAUUUUAGACCGAUGGAGGAAGGAUAUCAAAAGGAGAUACACGUUAAUCGGUAGUAGUUAUGAUGCUGGAGAUCAGCGGCCAGAUGCUUACAGAUAUGCUAGUUUAUUAAAAAUCUGUUAUGAAAUGAUUACUCAUGCAGCGGGUUCAGAAAAACAUACUGAGGAUGCCACACAUAAGUUACAUGCAAUGAUUGAAUUAUAUAAUGAGAAAGUAGACCCUUCAUCGAUGACCCUCACUGGUUCCAAUGUUCCUUGUACUCAAAAUGACACAACCACAGUGGGUAGUUCGAAAAAAGUACUCAGUCCAUUAGUUGUCAGAGGGAAAGGCAGACCUCCAUCUCUGAGGAAAGCAUCCAGGAUGGAGAAAGACAUGCGGAAACUUAAAGGAAAGGCAGCCGGGGCACCAGUAAACCGGAAACGUAAACAGGUGCAAUAUAUUUCAGCUUUAAAUAUAUAG